GUGAAUUUCAUCCCAGAGUACAAAUAUAUCGCUAUCUUUCACUAUCUUUCUCUUGUCUUUGGUUCAGCCUUUUUCUUUUGGAGGACCGUAUGGGAGACAGACACCCUAGGUGGUACAGUCGAAACCAAUGUCUUCAUCGGAAAUUGCCAGGUCUUCUUCCGACAAUAAUAGUAACAAUGCGACCCCUCGUGCGGAGCUCGAUAUCACCAAGCUCCAUGCGCUGCCCUCCGAACAGCAAGAUCUUUAUCUCCUAACGUUUACCUCGGACUUGGUACAGCAUAUUUCAGCCCUGGAUAAAGCCCAGGUAUCCUCUCAACAGAAAUUCUUGAAACAGGAGUUGUUUAAAGUCCUCACCCUCUCAUCGCCGGCGAUCACACGAGUUAUCCGCAACAAUCUAGGACGAUGCUUUGGAGCUAUAUUUAGCAAGGGAGAUCGCGGUAUACUUUUCGAGACGGUGGCUGACCUGCUGGGCGUUUUGAAUGCUGGGAAAAAUGAGGCAGAUCUUAAGACAAAGUUCGCCGCGGCUCAUUGCCUGGGAGAUAUUUUCGCUGCUGCCGGGGAGAGCGUGUUUGCACAGUCGGGCAUAGUUGUUUCUAGCCUGAUUAAACUCCUGAAGCCAUCGAGUAAUCAUACAGGUUGCCGUGGGUCAAUCUUUGCGAUCUUGAGGAAGGUGGUCGGCGGUACAGGCGUCCCAGUAGAUGAAGGAACGGCGAGAGAUAUUUGGAAGCAAGCCCGCAAUGCUGCUGCCGGGGACAAAUCCACAUUCGUCCAGGUCCAUGCUUGCCGCUGCCUCGAACAAUUGAUCCAUACGACGCCAUAUUUCGACAAUGCUAACGACUUUGAGAACUUGAAGACUCUGAUAUGGAGGGUUAUCGACAGCCCUCUUUCUCCGGUCAGACACGCAGCGGCCGUCUGUCUAGCGCGCGCGUUGACAAAAUUACACGCAAAGGACUCUCGAAUUCUACCUGCUCCGAAGCCUAAGAAAGCUAAAAGAAUGUCAAAGAAGCCUGCACCUAGACCUGGAGAUGAUGAGGAUGAGGCAGAGGUUUCCGAAUCCUCAGCCCCCAAGAAAUCCGAGCCGCGCCUGUUCUUCUUACUUCCAGAUCUGCUUCGCCAACUUUCCUCUCAAUAUUUCCGAAGCACGACGUCCAACCGUGCGCGGGCUGGGAUUGCGGUUUGUUAUAAGCAUGUUCUUCGGAUCUUAGGAGGGGACAAAAUUGUCGAGGAGCGCUACGAUCAGAUUGCCCGCCAUCUUUUGUUCGACCUUCUCAAUCAUCCAACGGUGACCUAUAACCGAUUUCGACUGCUCAUGACCAGAAAGGCUGUCGCAAGUAUCCUGGAAGAGACAGUCGGUCGCGACUUGCUCCGGGAAAACAGCCAACUGACAGCCACUAAGUGGUUGAUAAAUGAGGUACUAAAGGAUUUCCCGCAGGUCAUCCAGGAGCGUCAAGAACCCAGCAAGUACACCUUAACAAGCGCCCUAGAUGCUUUAUCUUCCCUGAUUACGUCGCUUGGUUCUGCAUUUGGGUCUCUGGCCGAGACCUGUCGUGACGCUUUGCUCCAGGUUCUCCCUCACCCUAACUACACUGUUCAAAUCCACGCUGCGCACUGCCUUCGUAAUUUUGUCCUCGCUUGUCCCCACCAGCUCCUGUCAUGUGUCACGAUUUGCCUCAAUAGCCUCAACAGGGAGGUUGGACAAUUGUCUACUCCACGCCAAUCGUCACGGCGAUGUGUUGGUUAUGCAAAUGGACUCUCUGCAAUGCUGAGUACCUCACGUCUGCAGCCUUUGUACGGCUCCGUUGAAGUAUACUCGAGGGUGUUCACCCAAGCAACCGAUCUUUUGAAGACAAGUAGCAACUCUGAGCUUCGUGCCGCGAGCACGCAGAUUCAAGUGGCCUGGAUUCUAAUCGGUGGAUUGAUGCCACUUGGCCCGAAUUUUGUGAAGAUUCAUCUCUCCCAGCUGAUGUUGUUGUGGAAGAACGCUCUUCCAACGCAUCUGGGCAAAGAAAACUCUGCUCAACGUGGAUAUCUGGAGAUGAGUUUCCUAACACAUGUUAGAGAAUGCGCCUUAGGGGCAUUGCUAGUCUUCAUAGAGUUUAACAGCAAACUGAUCACUGCGGAUGGAGCGCGAAGAAUAGCCACCAUGCUACAAAACACAGUUGAGUUUCUCGAUGAGAUACCCCGACAGAAGUCUGUGGCCGAUCUCUCACAGCGCCUGCAUCCCACUUUAAAAUUACAAGAUAUUGAGACUCUGGUCCGACUGCGUGUUUUGCAAUGUUUUACAAAGCUCCUCCAUGCCCACCCGCUUAGUCAUGCAGACGUGAUUGCACAGUCAAGCCUCCUGACUUUAGCGGUUUCGUCGUUUGCUGACCCAGAUGCCACCCAAUUACGUCCGCUGGAGAGCUCCAUUGCUGCAUCGACAGCACAAUUUGAGAAUCUGUGGGACUUAUGCGACAAUUUCGGAUUUGGACUAACAGGUCUCGCGAGAGAAUACGUUCGCGUGACUCUUUCUGGCAAGCAUGAGGGUGAAAACGGUCCUGCUUGGUCUGCAAUUGAUGCGGCGGACCAAGUGGUUGAUGAUGCUUUGAACUUUCCCGUUUCUCAGGCGAGCGAACAUGAUUCGAUUCUCCUUUAUUGCGCAAGGCAAAGAGACUGUCUGUAUGCUGAUCCUCACCCUACGGGGGUUGUCAAUGCGGCCAUUGAGCUUUUCUCCGUGGCUAUUCCGUUGCAUGCGCCGAAAGUGCAAGAAAGCAGCGUGGAGCAGAUCGCAACAUUCCUUUCUUCCUCGAGUCUGCAGCGUAAUCCUGGACGCAAGGCAGCCAUGGUUGUCAAUAUUUCUGUAGCGCUCCUCCAUGUUCUAAAGGUUGCUGUCAAAGAGGAUGGCUCUACGUCUGGGAAACUUAGCCCGGCGACGGAGAAAGUCUUUCAAGAGCUUGUUCGGAAAUUCGUCAUGGAUCCAGAUCCAGUUGUUCGCACAAUCGGCGUUGAAGCGCUUGGACGGAUAUGCGAAAAUUCUGGAAAUACCUUUACCAAUACUCAAAUUAAUUGGCUAGUUGAUACUAUCGUUGAGAAUAGGGAGCCGAAUGCCCGUGCUGGCUGUGCCGCUGCAUUGGGUUGUAUCCAUUCCCAGAUCGGCGGCAUGGCAGCUGGUCUGCACCUUAAAACAAUUGUUGGUGUCUUAAUGUCCCUUUGCAAUGAUCCGCACCCAGUUGUCCAUUUCUGGGCCCUUGGAGGGCUAGAAAGGGUAGCAAAUUCUGCUGGUUUGACAUUCUCUCCAUUUGUUUCCAGUACCCUCGGAAUGUUAGCGCAGCUUUAUAAUGCGGAUAGCCAUAAUGAGGAAGCUCAAACCUUGGCUACGUCAAAUAUCGAGAUGUCAUUCCUUACACCCGUCGUCAUAAGCCGCUGUGUUGAUUCUUUGAUCAACGUCCUGGGUCCAGAUCUCCAAGACAUCACGAAAACACGCAAUCUGAUCCUAACGCUCCUCCGACAAUUUCAACUAGAGGAAAACCCAGCGUUAGUCACUGAGAGUUCUAGAUGCUUGGAUCAUCUCUCCCUUUAUGCCCCAAACUAUGUGGACUUCUCCGGAUACGUUAGACGCCUACAGAAUGAGCUUUCAGCCAAUGAUCCUUUGAUGAAGGAUGUGGCUAUUCGUGGCUUGACAAACCUCAUGAAGCGCGAUGCAACAGCCGUCAUCAAUGCGGCUUCACCUGCACUGGAGGACGACAUAUGGUUGGCUUUUGACGAUACACCUGACAACCCUAUUUUAAGGAGUUUGAUCAAGGAUUGGCUGCAGCAAACGGCACUUUCAGAGACGGAACUUUGGAUUCAACGAUGCCACAACACUUUGACAAAGACGCGAGUGAAAACUGAAGAAUUACCUCCUAUGUCAGCCAUCAAACCUUCGGCCAAUGACAUCCCCGAUGAUGAGGUUGCGGGCUUUGCAUCUGCCAUCGCGGGGGCGGGACAGGGGGAGGGAUCCAAUGAUGCUGUGUCUGGGCAAGAACUGCUGAAAUGGCAAACACGAAACUUUGUCAUGAGCUGUCUGAGUGAACUAUUGGACCUCGUCCAAGAAGCCAUUUUACCAGAUCAAACAAUCCCUGCAGAGCUUGCUCUCCAGCAAAAGGUUGGGGAUAUUGUCCGAAUGGCCUUCUCGGCGUCUACUGCUAAUGUAAUCGAGCUCCGCGUCUGGGGUCUCAAAAUAAUCGAUCAAGUUCUCAAGAUGUUUGGCAAAACUCCAGAUCCAGAUUUCGCAGAAGCUUCGCUACUUGAGCAAUAUCAGGCUCAAAUCGGGUCAGCGCUUACCCCGGCCUUUGCUGUGGAUUCUUCACCAGAGCUGGCGUCAGAGGCGAUCAAUGUAUCUGCCACCUUUAUUGCGACAGGAAUUGUGACAAAUGUCGAGCGUAUGGGGAGGAUUUUGAAGUUGAUGGUCCUGGGACUUGAGAACUUCUCAGAAAACCCCGACACUACUGAGAUUGGGGAUCUGAAAGGCCUAAACUCGAAUGCACAAGUGAUGGUUAAAAUGGCUCUUUAUGCAGCAUGGGCGCGUCUUCAGAUUGCAAGUAUCGAGCAUGAAUACCUCACAGAUGUUGUCCAGCCUUACCUUAUGAAGCUUACACCCUUGUGGCUUUCUUCCCUUCAAGAAUACGCUCGACUGCGUUUCGAACCAGAUAUCUCUGGCAGCCUCGGUACAGGCCCGGAGAAUGGCAAUUUGAACGAAGUUUACGCCGCACUUAACCGGGAAACCCUUCUCAAGUUUUAUCAAGACUCCUGGCUGAGCCUAGUUGAUGCUAUUGCUGGCUUGGUAGAGAGAGACAUCGACUUUGUCUUCGAUGCACUGGAUGGAAAGUCAAAUCCUGAAUUGCAGGACAAAUCUGAGAAACCCGAUAACGAUCUUCCUAACGGGGAGAAGCAAGGAAAGGGCCACGACAUUAACUAUCGCGACGAGCCUGUUGCAUUUUUCUUUGUUCUUUUCGGGUUGGCCUUUGAAGCCCUUGUCGAUCAGUCCACCUCAGCACCCCAAAGGAUGGAAAUUCUUCAAGCCCUCAAGAGAAUUUUAAGGCCAAUUAUCUCAGGCAAUGCCAUUUAUCAGGAUGCCAUUUUCUCCGAAACAAUGGACAGCCUUGACCGGCUGGCCUUGACUGAAGGAAUAGCUGUUCAGAACGUCAUUGUUGCGAUAGCUCGAAAUCUGGCCUUGGAUCAUCCCUCUGCGAAGGGAAGUGAAGAUCGCAGUGAUCAUCUUUCAGAUGACAUCGAGCAGCUCUUCGAAUUGACAAGGAGCAUCAUCUUGGUGCUCGCAGGGUUGCUACCCAAUCUCCGCGAGUCUACCACCCUUGCACGUUUCAGUGUCGGAUCCGAAGAUGCCCUGGCGCUUAUUCGCGUCUCUCUCGCGUCUCUUGUUAAUGUUGCUUCGAUCUUCCCGUCUAUCAUUCGAAAUGAUCUCCACGCAUGUAUCCUGCACAUCUUCAGUACGAUUCUUGCAACGGGCUUAUGCCAAGCAGACGUUGUGCCCCAGGCCCUCCCAACGUUCAAGCAUUUUAUUGCAAGCAUUAGCAACCAAAAUGAGGUUGGAGCAGAGGACUUGGAAAGCCUUACUGUUGUGUCACGCCAGUUACGCGGGUGCCUUACUCGCUUCCUCACGACCCUGAUGAUUGCUCAACGUCGCGAGUCUGAAUCGUCAUUGCCCUGUGCCAAGAACACGCUUCUGGCUAUCACUAUUCUCCUAACAACUGGAGGCCAUAUCAUUCCUCCUCAUGACCCGGUGAUCCCCCAGAUUCUUAACGAACUCCUCGACUGCCUCCAGGAUGUUGGUCUCGCCAGCGUUGCAGCAGGAUGCAUUCGUUCUAUCCUCUUAACGCCCAAUCCAAAAUCGCCCACGGACGAAGUGAUCGCUAGAUACCUGACGCCGCGACUCAUCGCUUUCCUAGUUAGCUGUCCAAACGAAGCCGGAGAUGUUCCUAGUGACCUAGAAAAUUCAAGAACAGUCGUCGCACGCACCCUAGUUUCUUGCGUUACCAACGCCACUUUCCCGGGGCGGGAGAUGCCAACAGCUAUCUCCCUCGUCAUGUCAGCCAUCCUCGCGCGCGGCAAACGCGAGGGCCAAUCUGUGUAUCAAGAAACAGCCGGAUAUCUACUCGAGCUCGCAAAGGCCGAUCAAACCGUAUUCCGCACCCUGGUAGCCACCAUGAAGGGCGAACAAAAGACUCUUCUUGAGGAGAUCCUUCGCAGCGUGGAUAUCAGCUCAGGCACAAACAGAGGCCGAAAGAAUAGUGAGCAUGCAGCAGCUGAGCAACAAAACAUGCCCAGUAUUGCUCUGAGAUUCGAUUUUUAAUUUAAGCACUGUGUCAGGCUGACGAUCUUGAUGAUUCUAUCUUCUUCUUUUCCCCCCCCCUCUUCUUUACUUUCGAACUCACACUCUGUGUUUUAAUCUUACCUUUCUAUACCAUUUUUGCUUCUUUCUUCCUUUAUUUGACUUGAUUGAUUUACGUGCGUCGUGGUGGGCUUGAUUGAUACGUAUAAGCUUGAUGAUAACAACGUAUGAUGCUGUGAAUAACGAUAACAACGAAGGGGCUAUUGCAUAUAUACCUACUACUACCUACCUACUUACUUACCUGUACACAGGGUGAUCUUUACAAGAGUUGAUUUGAUAUCACUUCAUGUCAUCAUCAUCGUUCCCUCGUUUCUUAAUAGAAAACCCCAUUUUUUGCUGCUUAGCUUCCUAUGCAUGGAGUCUUCCUUUUGUUUUUUUUUUUUUUUUU